AUGACACCAAUGGAUGUCUUCGAUAGUAUGCUGGAGUCUAUCCAGCAGUUUCCCCUGGAAUGUAGCAAUUUUGAGAGACAUAUUAAAAGACUCAAUAAAGACCAGUUCAAAUACUCGAUUCUAUUUGAUAAAAUGAUUCAAAGACUCAUUUCUCCACAGGACCCCAAGCUUUUGAAAGUAGAGAGAAAGCUCAGAAAAAUUGUGAAGAAAAAAAUAGAACUAACAAAUAAUUUUCAAAAUGCAGUAGAAAAACAGCAACAAAAAUUAGAAGAGCUGGUAAAGAUUUCAAAUAUUGACAUGAUGAAUUUUAACUUUUCUCCCCUUUCAGGUAAUAUUCAGCCUGUUAUUAAAUUAAGUAGCAUCCCGCAGGGAAAUGGCAAAUAUUGCAUUUGCAAUGACAAAGCAUUUGGAAAUAUGAUUUGCUGUGAUAAUCCUGCAUGUGCAAUCAAAUGGUAUCAUUUCAGAUGUGUUAAUUUGAUAAUCAGCCCAAGGACUACAUGGACAUGUCCAAGGUGUUCAGCAAUGAAAUAA